AUGAGCGCCCAACCUCUGACUGCGACUCCAGUGCUGGAGGGAGAGGAAACGGGGCCAAGAUAUGGAGCUUUACACCAAGGAGCACACCGGGCAGACGUUCCUGGAAGAGGCGAGGAGCAAGGUCCUGGAGACCAACCCUUGAUGAAUGGUGUCGAUCCUCCGAGACUGGAGACUGUUCGUGGUGGUCCGCCAAUGACAGCGGACCCACGGCCGGUGGACCAGACUUUGGAUGGCGGUGCAGCACAACAAGGGCUGGAGACCAGUGCGCCUGCUCAGGCUGAGCCAGAAACAACGACGGCGAUGAGUCGGCCGAUUCUGGGAACGGACGUGAGACCUGGUGAAGGGAGCGACUAUCAGUCGUUUUCAGCGAGUCCUCCUUCUCCGCGUAGACCGAGAGUGCCGACAGAAUCCACGAUGGAUCAACCGCACAGGGCCGAACGUACGGUGGCGAUGGAGUAUUCCUAUGAGACUGCGGAAGGAAUGCCGGGCGUUCGCUGGGUUGCAAGGCUGACUGAGUUUCUUCGAGCCACUACGACAAGGACAAGUGGGCUUCAGGGCCAUGAGCCCUUGAGGUCUCUUGAGCAAGGACAUGGGCCGUUGUUCACUCCGGAGCAGGGAAGUUCUACGUCCUCGGAUGAGAUUCAAGCUGAGGUCCAGCGGCAGCUCGCUCGCUAUGUCCAGCGUUACGAGGGUGAAGCACAGGAGAUCGGGCUACAGCGCACCAGAAUCUACCAGCAGGAGAUCGGGCUACAGCGCACCAGAAUCUACCAGCAGGAGAUCGGGCUACAGCACAGCAGUAUCUACCAGCAGGAGAUCGGGCUACAGCGCAGCAGUAUCUACCAGCAGGAGAUCGGGCUACAGAGCAGCAGUAUCUACCAGCAGGAGAUCGGGCUACAGCGCAGCAGUAUCUACCAGCAGGAGAUCGGGCUACAGAGCAGCAGUAUCUACCAGCAGGAGAUCGGGCUACAGCGCAGCAGAAUCUACCAGCAGGAGAUCGGGCUACAGCGCAGCAGAAUCUACCAGCAGGAGAUCGGGCCUAUGGUCAGCACCAGCGAGAAGAAGAAGGGCGUAGUGCUUCUGGUCCCAGUCAUGAUGCUCAACCGGGUCGUGGUCACGAUGGGAAAGAUGACAAGAGUCUUGGAUGGCAAUUCAGAAGCUGCGUUUCGCACCUCACUUGUGCGCACGACGGCGGCUCUGGAAAAAGGGCCCAAGGUGAAGGGAAUGCAGGCUCUCGGAGAGACCUUCGGCCGGACCAUCACGACCACGGGGAGAUCAGCAGCCAUCUACGUCAACGGCAACUGCGGGAGCCCCUUCGGCAAGGACUAUGAAUGCCCCAUCGGGCGAAGGCAGCCGAAGGAAGGUGAAGGGCCAGAGGCUCUAAAACGAGUCAUUGAGGAUGCGUCCAACAUGUUGAAGUCGAUGAUGGCCAGCUCAGGUUUGCCAACGCCCUCUACUUCGUCAUCGGCACCUACGUACGAGUCGAUACAGAGGCAGCUCGACGAGUUGAAGCUGAAGACUAUGAAGGUGGAUGGAACGAAGGAGGCGAAGGCAGCAGAUGAUUCAGGUGUUCUCCUGGACUCAGGCGCAACUCAUGUGUUGAGAGCAGCGCACGAUCAAGUGGAGGAAGAUAACACCAAGGCAGUCAGCGUCACCCUCGCCGGGGAUGAGCAGAGGAUCCUGAAGCAGGCCCCCUCGGGCAGCAUUUUGCUGUCAGCCGAGGACAAGGACCGGGUGCAGCCAAUCGUCCCGUUCGGCGCCAUGAUAGACGUUCUCGGGUGCACCUUGAAGUGGUCCAAGGGAGGCUUCACUCUGAUUCACCCGCGGCACGGACGAAUCAGGACGCGACUGAGAGCGGGAUGCCCAGAGAUGACAGAUGCAGCCCAGGCGGCGGAGAUCAUCGCUGAGCUUGAAAUGAAGAAGGUCGAGGAGCUCAGGCAAAGGGCAGAGGGCCUUCAACAAAGGCUCAAUGCGGUGAGAAUGAUGGAGGUGAAGCAGGAGGACUGGAGGCAAAACCUCGCGGCCUACGCUCAGGAGGGGUGCGUGGUGGAUGGACUCCAGGUUCUUUUCAAGUCUCCCAUCUUUAAGGACCUCCCUGAGGCGGUGACGGGCACGAUGAUCCCCAACGUCGAGGUCACGGAUGAAAAAGGAUGGGAAUACUUGAAGAGCCUUCCCUUGUGCAGGAGACUGCGGAAGCGGCUGAUGAGAUCGAAGGCGUGGAUCCUGAACAUGUAUGGAGGGAAAACGGCCAAGGCGGACCCCGUUCAAGCUCUCACGGGCCAAAUCAACCCGCGCACGAACACGGAGGUGGUGGUUGUGAACGUGGACGUGUUGUUGAAUGGAGGCUGGUCAAUGGUGGGACCAGCCUACAAGGCCCUUAUGUGGGGUGCGAUGUCCUCGAGGGUGAAGGCAGUUCUGGGGGCCCCGCCGGCGGGAACGUUUAGUGUGAAGCGACAUGAAGAUCGACCUGGAUAUCCAAGCCCGGUUCGGUCUACUAAGGAGCCCUAUGGCCUCUCGGACCUCAACCCCACCGAGCGCUACUACGUGGAUAAAGAGACAACCUUGGUGGCCCGACAGUUGAUGCUGUACCUGGUUGCUCAUGCGAGGUCCGGCGGCGAUGAGGUGAAGUUUUGUAUGUCCCACCCGGAGAAUGCCGAGGAGAUCGUCAAUGGCCAGGACGCACCGUCACUAUGGAGAACUCCUAUGAUGAAGGCGUUUUUGGAAGUGACGGAACCGUUGGGGGUGAAGACGGUCUCGUUCGACCAAGGAGCUUUCGGCUAUCUGAGCAAGUCUCCGACCACCCUCGCGAGCAAUCUGGACUUUGAGUUCUUUGAAGACAUGCGAGAGGACGAUGAUGUGAAGAAGCGGAAGGUUGAUGAACGGAGGCCGUGGGUUAUGGCGGUCCGAAGGAACGUUGCUGAGAAGCUCUUGGAGUCUGGGGUGGCUUCAACAAGGGUCUGGGCCCAUCGUGAACCGGGGCCAGACAUCCGGAAGAUGACAGCCGAGCAGGGCUGGAGGCUUCAUGUGCAGCGGGAUCAUGUUCCUUUUAGAAAGGAUUGUGAGCAAUGUGUCAUGUCCUUGGGAACUGGUCGGCCUCACCGGAGAACCAAGCAGAAGAGCGCCUACGUUCUAAGUGUGGAUGUGGGAGGUCCCCUGAGGGCCGUUUCAAGGGACGCGCAUGGCUAUGGGUACCGCUACUUUUUGGCGGCCGCCUACACCAAGCCGAAGUUCGAGGACCAGGACGAGCCGCCCGAGUUCUCUCCGGAGGACCUUGCGGCGGAGGACUAUGACUUCCGGAACUUGGACUUGGAGGUCCCGGAGUUGGACGAACCGGCCGAUGACGAGGCCGAACCAGACCAAGGAGAUGGCUAUGCAGACCCCGGCGAUGCGGAACCCGAAGGAGGCGUUGGAUAUAUCGACCCAGGCAGGGGGGAGUUCUUGGAUCUUGGAGACGAAGAAGGAGAUCCCUCGGUGAGGAAGAUCAAGGGCGAUGAGCUGUGGGACGACGACGAGGAAGCAGAACGUCAACAGCGAGCAGAUCAAGAACAGGAUGAGCUUUUGGAAGGGAACCGCGAGAUUCCUAUGGACCACCUCUACUUUGUCAAACCCUUGAAGGGCAAGAAGGCCAAGCAAGUUAUGCAGGCGAUCCAAGAAAUCAUCCUGGAGCUCAAGCACAUGAACCUCCCCGUCGUUCGGAUCCACAGUGACAGAGCUCAUGAACUACGAUCCCCUGCGCUAAGGGAAUGGACUCUCGGUCAACAAAUUAUGCUGACGCGGACUGAGUGUCAGUCUCCUCAGUCGAAUGGCACAGCUGAGAGGGCGGUGCGGUACUUGAAGGGGCAGGCUCGCUUACUGUUGAGGACCUCCGGACUGCCUACAUCGCACUGGGCGACUGCUAUGGUCACGGCUGCCCACAAUCAGCGCGAGAAGAGGCUGAACCCCGAGACCUUCAACCCGGUGUGCCCGUAUGGAACUAGAGUGGCAAUCAAGAAGAAGCGCUACAGUGAUGGUGGCAAGCACGAUCUUAUGCCGCACUGGGUGAAGGGAACCUACUUGGGUCCAGUGUGGGAUGUUCGAAAUGGUUCAGCAGUCCUCGAGGAUGAGAAUGGCAGGAUCAUGGUUACUACCAACGUGAGGCCUCGACUACAUGAUCCCGGCACCGCGGCGGACGCAGCAGUGAGGGAGUUUGAGCCCCCAUCACGACGGCGUCUACGAGGGAAGUCGGCGGUGGAUGCGGAUGGAGUGGCAGUCAGGAGCCUGACGGGUUCCCAAAAGGCAUCCCAUCGAAGACGGCUAGUCAAGGAGAUUCUGGAGUUGGUUGCCAAAGACCCAGUCCAUUCGGUGAAGAGGCCGCAAUUGGUGGCAGAGGCCGUCCCCGACUCCGGCAGCAGCUAUGUCACGAUGGGUGCGUUCAAUCAUGGAGGUCAGUACGGGGUGACGAAGUACACUAGCGAAGCCCCGGAGCUUACAAGGAAGGUGACGGAGCUCCUCCAGCUUGACUUCCCGGACGAGUGUUUCACGUCCGCGACCCUCGUGAAGAACACAUGUAUGCCAACCCACAGGGAUGUGUUCAACGAAAAGAAUUCUUGGAAUCUAGUGUCACCGCUCCAGGUAACCGAAGGGGCGGGUGUUUGGGAAGAGCUGAAGCCGGGUGAUGUUUUUUCGGGACGUUACAUGGAGAUGCUCGUCAAUGACAAGACCACCCCGGGCCAGGUUCACUCCCUGACGAAUCCUGCGAAGGUUAAUCCGAAGCGGUGGCACUGUGCGGUUCAGGGAACAGAGGGACCACGGUUGAUCGUGGUUGGUCACACCAUUGGUUCCUGGCGCAAGCUAACCCCAGAAAUGGAAGGAGCCCUGGAAGUAGCUGGCUUUGUCUUACCUGAGGAGGGGGAUGACCAAGCGCGCGUCAGGGCCAUCCAGGAGGUGAAUGACCAAGUUCUGCACUACCCCUACGUGACCGACGAGGAUGAUGAGAUCAAGGCCGUCACCGCCAGUGGUUUGAAGUUCGAGCAGGGCACGGCAGACCCCAACAUCUGGAGGGUCGUGGACUCGAAUGGGGAGCUAAAGGGGCUCAUCGCGGUCUAUGUGGACGACUACUUGGUGACGGGGCCAAGGGAAGUGUGCGAGGACGUUCAUGCGUGGUUUUCUACAACAUGGCAAACGACGGACAUUCAGUUUGCCACGAAGGAGAACGCGAUCCGCUUCCUCGGCAUGGAGAUUCGGUCCGUCGAGAACGACAACGGGGACUUCAUCGGUUUCUCGUUGGACCAGGAAGGCUACGUACAGGAGUUGUUGAGGCAGUAUGACAUCGGCGAGAAACAGAUGUCCACCAUUCCCUCUGCGAAGGAGUGGAUGAGCCUCGACCCCGAGACGUUCCCGGAGUCCUUUGACGCAAAGGACCUUAAGGCCGCUCAGUCGAUAACCGGCGAGCUAGCGUGGCUGGGUCAACGGUGUAGGCCAGACCUAGCCUACACCGUGAGUGUGAUGAGUUCAAUGAUGAGCAAGGACCCGGUGCGGACGGUUCAGAUUGGGAAAAAGACCCUUGCCUAUUUGAACUACACAAAGGAGUGGAAGCUUCUUUAUGGCACCGGAGGCCCCAAGGCUCUCAUCACUUACACCGACAGCAGCUACGCGCCGGAUGGAGACAAGAGUCAUGGAGGAGCAGUGGUGUUUUGGUCCGGUUCCCCGGUCGCCUGGAGGAGCGGCCGCCAAGGCCUUAUUGCCACGAGUUCUGCGGAGACGGAACUAUUGGCAGCGAGCGAGGGCUGUACUCUGACGGCCUCCGUGGAUGCUCUUUUGAAGGACAUGGGAGCCGAAGUCGAGGAACGCGAACUGCGGGUGGACAACUCGGCGGCGAUUGUCUUGGCAUCAGAAGAAGGAGGAAGUUGGCGGACCCGCCAUUUGAAGGUCAGAGCUGGUUCGCUCCGACAGCAGAUCCAGCGAGGAUGGAUAUCAAUAUCGUACUGUCCGGGCGAUCGUCAACUCGCUGAUGGGUUGACAAAGAUCCUGGCGGCAAAGCGCAUGGAAUGGAUCCUGCAAGUGAUCUACGACCCGGACAAGUUCGAAGUGAAGGCGAAGGAGGGUGCCUACGGCGAGUUCAAGCACCAGCUCAGCAACAACCGCAGCAGCAAGGAAGACUUUGAAGCCCACUUGCCCCUGGCAGUGGACUCGUCCCUGGAACUGUAUGGCGUGAUUUUGAUGCUGGUUAUCUGCGUGAUAGCGCUGUGGGAAGGAAGUCGUCACUGCUACCGUCGAGCAGAGGCAGCGCGAGUGAGGUCUAUGCAGGUGGAGCAGCGGCUAUCCAAGAAGGAGAUGAGGAAGCUGAACCAACUGCUUCAAGAAGACCCUGCUAUGCUGCAGCUGGAGGACAGGGUGACACUUACAGGGCUUGCGGAAAAGGCGGGCGUGGAUCUUACAAGAAUAUUGACCAGGGAGUCAGUACGAGGAGGAACUCCCGCCGCAGGGAGUUUUGAGCAGGAGCAGCCGAGGCCGCCCCCACCGCCACCGGAAGCGGCUUGCGCCGCAGACGAAGACUUUCUUCGUAGAAGGCGGAGAGAGAGAUCGGAGAAGGCGGCACCAAGCAGGCCGCCACGACCGGUCUACAGCGAGGACUCCUACGAUGUUCCAGACCCUCCACGCAUAGCGGAGGGAAUCCUGGGAGGACGGGGAGAACGAACUCGAGAUGCAGGAGUUCAAGUAGAGCUGCUGAAGGAGAUGCCUCGCGUGGUUUACAUAACCCCUUCUGUUCGUGUAUACACGCGACACGAGACUGCAGCACCUUGA